AUGGUCGCACGACUGAAUCUAAAAAAGCAGGAUUGGGUGAGCGCCGCAUUCGGCUGGACUCGAGACAGCGUUGUCUUGGCGGCGCUCGUCCCAUCUAUCAAGAUUGGGACACGUUUGCAAGGUUGUGCCACGGCUGGGUCUGACCGAGAUUUCAUCGAGAUCCGAGUUUGCAAUGGAAUUUCUUCAUCCUCCUCAGUUUCUACGCUGGAACGCCGUGUUCUUGCCGAGCUGUUGACGGUUCGCAUGUCAACAUUGCUGACGACCGAUGGUACUCCAAAUGAUUGA